GCCAAAAGACACCGACCGGAGAGAUAAGUGGUUACUCCGCAUCAGGCAACAAUUAUAUUUCUAAACUUUCUUUUGGAAGUCUUGAGAUUUUCCUAGAACAGGAGCUGCGUGACUUUAUGUUUGGGCAGAGAGGAGACAUCCAAGCUGUGAAUCAUGACAAGUUCCUCCUUUACUCUUCUGCUGUCCCCACUCCCAUCCAAUGUAACAGAAGAAGACAAUGAAAGCUGCAUCUUCAAUGAGCAAUUUAAGUUCCUGAUUCUACCAAUUUCCUACAGCGCAGUCUUCAUAGUGGGGCUGCCCUUAAACGCAACGGCUAUAUGGAUUUUCAUUGCUAAGAUCCGGCCUUGGAGCCCAACCACAGUGUAUAUGUUUAACCUCGCGCUGUCUGACAUGUUGUAUGUGUUAUCACUUCCAACCUUGGUUUACUAUUAUGCUGACCAUAACAACUGGCCUUUUGGGGAAGCCCUGUGUAAAAUUGUCCGUUUUCUCUUCUACACCAACCUAUACUGCAGCAUCCUUUUUCUCACCUGCAUCAGUGUGCACCGCUACUUGGGAGUAUGCCACCCUCUUCGUUCCCUGCAGAGAGUAAAAGUCAAGCAUGCGCGUAUAAUCUGUGCUAGUGUGUGGUUAUCGGUUAGCAUCUGUCUGGUACCUAAUCUCAUUUUUGUCACAGUCAGUCCGAGAGGUAAUUCGAUAAUUUGUCACGACACCACAACGCCUGAUCAAUUUGAAACUUAUGUGGAGUACAGUACAGCUGUUAUGAGUCUGCUCUUUGGGGUCCCUUGCCUGGUGAUCACAUGUUGUUAUGGAUUCAUGGCCAGGGAGCUAACAAAACCACUAGUUAGUGGAUCACAUACUUUACCAUCCUACAAGAAAAGGUCCAUCAAGACAAUUGUUGUGGUCCUUGUAGUAUUUACAAUUUGUUUCCUCCCAUUCCACAUUACACGGACCUUGUACUAUUAUGCAAGACUUAAGGAAGAAUGCCAAUUUCUUAAGGUGGUGAAUAUAAUAUACAAAAUAACACGUCCAAUGGCUAGUGCCAACAGCUGUAUUGACCCUGUCCUCUAUUUUCUUGCCAGUGACAGCUAUCAGAGACGGCUGUUGAGGACAGUGACUAGGGUUUCUGGGACAUGUAGGCGGCAUUUUGCUACACGCCGUUCAGGGCCCUUGUUAUGCAGGAGAGGUGGCAGUCUUGCUGUGAUUACUACUGAAGAGCCACAGACCACUGGCAGUUUAGGCAGCAUUUUGGAAGAAAGGGGUAUGAGGAGCAGAGUUGCAGGGAGAAACACAGAGGAAGUUGAGAAUGGGCAUGGAGAGCAGGAGUGCAAUAAUCAAAGUCAAAAAAGGAGAGCCUUGGAACAGAAAGAAUGUAUGCAAAGUGGAAAAGAAUCCUGGGGGGAAGUGGUGGGUGCUAUGAAAGUCAGAGAUACAGGAACUGCAUGUAUACUGGAAAGACAUAAAUCACUGGGAGAGAAAAAGAAGGCAAAUGGCAUUGGAGAAAACCAUGGCAGAUGGAGUCUACGUAUGAGAGAUGUUGGAGAUGCAAAUGAGGAACAAAUACAUGAAAUCCCAUGUGAAGCAAAGGGUAGCUCCACAUGGAACCUCUUGGAGUCUACAGAAUGAACAGUGUUUCCUUGUUAUAAGGAAAGAACACAGAAGGAACAAAAUUAAUGCUGCCAAGCAUCCCUGUUAUGUAACAAAGGGAAACAAUGAGACUAUUGUGUUAAAACAAAGUAAUUGGAGCAUUGUGUGUAUGCUGAAAUUCUGGGAGAGUGUAUAUCGCCAACUGUCUAGCAAAAUAGGUGUGGACAUAAGCAUAGUGUAUCAACAAAGUACACUAUGGGUUUAUAGGGGACUGACUUAUAAAGCUGAGCACCUAGUUAUGAUAUCACAUAACACAGAACUAGGACUGCAAUUGAGACACUUGUGGGGAGACUGAAACAAGCACAGACUUCAAGCUCUCGCCAGCAGUAUACAAUGGUUGUCCCAUGCAAUAUAUAUUGUGAAA